CUGGUGGUGAACAAGCCAGCUCAUUGAUCGCGUAGAGCCUGGCAGUGGAGCAGUGGAGGUAUAGAUAGCAAGCCGUGGCACUGGCCUCUCAUUUCUCCCAUCACCAACACACGGCCGAUUCUCAGAUGUGUGCAUAACCCGAAAUCCACUGACGCCCGAACAACACAGGGGACCCGGGGUGGCGUGCGAGGCCUAUUGCCAAAGUGAACCUCGUGAAGGGAUAGUCCAAAUUGACCGCAGGUUCGUCGUAUUGGAGACUGGCGCCACAACGCUCAGGUGAUCAAUACAACCCAACACGAUGACCACAGGCUACCGCUUGGGCAGGAUCACCAUCAAAUGACCACACCAUGUGAUAAUCAAAUAGCUCGUUCCCUACUUGUCUGAGCAGGCUUGCAAGGCCCGGGUACUGUCCACGAGUUUACCUCUCUACCCUGCAGAAUUCUCUCCUUGUUCACUCCAGCCAGACAGCAGAGGCAUCACGGAGGCUGUCUGCAGACUGGUCCGCCAAUGAGAUCGUACUGGGGCUGAGCGUGUUGUGAAGAGCCGGCCCCCUGUCCCGACCCCCUCCCUCCUCUGUGCUGGCGCCCCCCAAGCCAGCCCCGCCAGGCAGCGCCUCAACAGUCGCCCCCAGACCAAGGAGACUAGGGAUUGCGCUCAUUGCAACGCCAGUACACUCCAACAUAGGACUGAAUAGAGCGAAAUCUACAAUCAAAGAUGAAUAUUUGAUAGCGUUCUAUCUUGUGUGAGACUGAUCGGAGCUGGAUGAAGAGCUCCCACCAUGCAGCGACGACAGGAGCAGCGGCAACAACCCUACGUCUGCGGCAGGAUGCGCUACUUCUACAUCUUCCUCAUCAUGUACUCCAUCACUUCCCAUGCAGACUCCAACUCCGACAUGGAAUCAGUGAAGAUCGCCUCGAAGGAGAAGCAGCUUGUGAAGAAGCUACUGGACAUCUACAAGAAACAGGGCAAGGAAGGGCGGCCGGUUGUCAACACCUCCGACAGCAUCCACGUCCUCUUCGGCCUCUCGCUCAUCCAGAUCCUCGACGUUGAUGAAAAGAACCAGAUAUUGAAGACAAACAUAUGGUAUCAAUACGAGUGGCAGGACGUGCUGUUGGCGUGGAAGAAGGAGGAGUACGACAACAUCACCGACAUUCGCAUCCCGUCUGACAAGAUCUGGCUUCCCGACAUCCUGCUGUAUAAUUUUGCUGACGACCGUCUGAAGGAACAGCGUGAUGCACUGGUUGUGGUGUACCCGGAUGGAAAUCUCCUGUGGAUGCCUCAGGCCAUCAUCCGGUCAUCCUGUAACUUCGAUACCAAAUACUUUCCUUUCGACGAACAAACAUGUACGCUCAAGUUCGGGUCGUGGACAUACAAUGGCCUGAAACUGGACAUCCAUUUCAUCAGGAACGAAACCUCCAUGGAUCUAACAGACUAUAUUCCCAGCAACGAGUGGUUUAUCAUCGAGAACGAGGCCGUCCGAAACGUCAAGCGGUACGCAUGCUGUACAGAGCCAUACCCUGACCUCACAUUCAAACUACGAAUACGCCGGAAGGUGGCGUUCUACACAUUUAUUCUCAUCCUGCCAUGCGCACUACUGUCCUUGCUCACGCUGGUCAUCUUCUGGGUGCCUCCAGAGUCUCCCGCUAAACUAAUUCUAGGAAUGAACAUUUUUCUCGCAUUCUUCGUGCUGCUGCUACUACUGGCUGACUCGACGCCGAAAGCUGCAGCAUCUAUACCUCUUAUAGGAACAUUUUUCUGCCUGAACAUGACGCUGAUCACGCUGUCGACGGUGCUGUCAUGUAUGGUGGCCAACAUGUUUUUCAGAGGAGUCAGGAUCAACCGAGCUCCGCGAUGGCUCCGAGUGUUCAUGAUCGACGUGGUGGCAAGGGGUUUGUGUCUGCGAAACAAGAUUGUCGAGCCAGACUACAGUCCAUUCACACCCAAAAAAUCUUGGAACACUGGCAGAGUUGGAGGGGAAGCAAGAGGCCAGUACCCAUAUACAGACAUCCGCUUUGCGCAGGUGCGUCUCCUUGACAACGGCGUGGAGGGCAGCAAAAACCAGACAGAAAAUGGCGGUGAUGCGGGCAGCUACCAGUCAGCAGACGACACGGGCAGGGCGGGAAUGGCAUCAGGGCCUCUCUUGGACGAGAUUAAAGCUAUAAGAGAUAUCCUCGAAAAAGUGAGAGACAAGAAAGCGAAAAUGGAGGAAAAAGAGAAAUAUGUGCGCGAGUGGAGAGUUAUCGCGUGUGUGACGGACAGAAUGAUCUUCAUAUUUUAUUUGUCCGUCAAUAUUGUCGGCUUGGGGGUGAUAUUCCUGGGUCAACUGCAGACUCAAGACCCUGCUAUGAUGGAGUGAAGUCAACGGUGUUCACCAUGUGUCCAUCAGUUGGACUAGCGAUAUAUUGCUAUAGUAACAAGGGUGCAACUGUGUAUAUAAGACUACGGCCGCCAUUGGUGGCGCGUUGUACAUACUGACAAGCCACAAGGACGGACUCAGCAUUGACCAUGAAGCUUUGAUGAACAGUUGCAAUUCAUGACGUAAGAGCUUUAAUCAAUGAUACUGUAUAUAGAAGUAAAGGAAAAUGGUGUAGGUGAGAAUACAGCUGGACGGUUUGAAGUUAUUUGACCAUGGCCAUGGUCGACCGAUACUUUGUACAGACUGGAAGAAACAUUCCACUACACACUGUUGAUUGUUUGAGGGACAUCUCCUCCCAGAGACAUCGAAUACUACGAACAACGCUGUGAAUCUUUCCUCUCUCAAGGCACAGACUGCCUGUGCAGGUGUUACUGCUGCUGUCAUCCGUGGCUGCAAACGGAGCCGCAACGUGCGCACCGGCUUCACGACGCCACCACCAACCUGCGGCUCACAUGACAAAUAAUUAGCCAUUUGAUAUCGUCAUUCAAUUUAUACCGGCCACAGAUAGGUAGCCUGUCAAUGCUCGUCAGUCGCUGUAAAAUUGUGGAUCGUCAUUCACUGUUAACCGGUCAUUCCUGGCAGAUUGUUAGCUAUGAAGAUGUGUCAAUCAUCGCAAGCACCUGCCGCGGCAGAGUACAGAGAAAUUAAUGGUCUCUAACAAGGAAAUGCCUUCUGCUGCCUAACUCGCUGUGAAUAACAUGUUUUCCAAAGUCAGUGGAGCAUCCGUCUCCAGGGAAAGAUUACCUUAGUAUUAUGCUAGCGUUCCUCGAGGGAAAGAUAAGCGUGGUAUUUUGCUAGUAUUUCUCCAGGGAUAGAUAAGAGCGGUGUUACGUUGGCGUUUCUAUGCGAAAGAUGAGAGCAGCUGUUACGUUUGUGCUUCUCCUGGGAAAGAUAAGGGUUGCACUGCAUAUGUAUCAUGACAGUAGGCAACAGAAGGCCUUCCCUCGAUCUGUAUAUAUGGCAGGUUAUGUAUUCAGCAUUUACACAGGUGUAUUUCAACGCGGAUGUCAUCAUGCAUUAGCCACACACAAAAACACACAUCUUCCGAAAGUAUAUGUAUUAGUCCCUGCACCUUUGGUCAAUAUACACAACCCUGUACAAAUCACGUGACUCUGCUGCUCGUGGACGUAUGGAUAGCUGAAAGGACCGUAUGCUCACACGUGGUUUACAUAGCAGUGAGCGUACAGAAGUCCUGCAUGCACAUGAUAUUUCUUUUUGUUCAAUGGUCUCCGACCGUACUUCCUGUCCUUCCAAACAAUUUAACUUUUAAGGUGUGCCACGUGACAAAUCAUAUGUAAGCCGUUUUCUUUCAUGUAUUUGACUGUGUAGACAGCAGUAGCUAUCACAUUCCGCGUACCAUAGUCCAUCAUUAGUCCCGCAAUAACACAGGAAUACCGGUUGUAAGUGUGGGGCAUCAUUCUGUCUCCUGGCAUUUACUCCUGGGAAUGUGCAAUACUAAGUUACGAUAUUAUUCAUUGCCAGUCAAAUUAUAUUCCAAGCAUAUUAGAACUUCACCCACUGUACAGCAUCUUAAAAGUUCAAUUUAUCAGUUGCACCGCUCUUUCCUGUAUGGCGAGGACCUUCUCGGUAGAUAUUUGACUAUGAACAUGUACAACUGAUGCUGUGAUAAACUGUUAAACAUUCAACCCACAGUUUUUCGAGGCUUGAGUGCACCAUAUUUCAUCAACGGACAUAACUCUAUGCAGCGAUUUGGACGGCGUAUUCCACCAAUGUUUUCCAAUGUAACCAAAUAUUUUUGAGGCUCGCCUAGUGGUAGGGCAGAGAGCUGGAUUGUUCCCAGCACCUGAAGCACUACCAUAUCUGUAUCUAGUGGAGGGGAACAGGUGCUUGUUGCUGGGCCAGCAGUUGCAGCUGUCUGUAUUAUAGGGAAGGAAAAGUCCUUGUUGCUGGUCCAGUAGAUGCAUCUAUCUGUAUGUAGGGAAGGUAAGGUGUUUGUUGCUGGUCCAGUAGAUGCAUCUGUCUGUAUGUAGGGAAGGAAAAGUGCUUGUUGCUGGUCCAUUAGAUGCAUCUGUCUGCAUGUAAGGAAGGACAAGUGAUUGUUGCUGGUCCAUUAGAUGCAUCUAUCUGUAUGUAGGGAAGACAAAGUGCUUGUUGCUGGUCCAGUAGAUGCAUCUGUCUGUAUGUAAGGAAGGACAAGUGAUUGUUGCUGGUCCAGUAGAUGCAUCUAUCUGUAUGAUCUGUGUGUAGGGAAGGCAAGGUGCUUGUUGCUGGUCCAGUAGAUGCAUAUAUCUGUAUGAUCUGUAUGUAGGGAAGGCAAGGUGCUUGUUGCUGGUCCAGUAGAUGCAUCUAUAUAUAUGUAAGUAAGGCAAGGUGCUUGUUGCUGGUCCAUUAGAUGCAUCUAUCUGUAUGUAGGGAAGGCAAGGUGCUUGUUGCUGCUCCAGUAGAUGCAUCUAUCUGUAUGUAAUGAAGGAAAAGUGCUUGUUGCUGGUCCAGUAGAUGCAUCUAUCUGUAUGUAGGGAAGGAAAAGUGCUUGUUGCUGGUCCAGUAGAUGCAUCUAUCUGUAUGUAGGGAAGACAAAGUGCGUGUUGCUUGUCCAGUAGAUGCAUCUAUCUGUAUGUAGGAAAGGCAAGGUGCUUGUUGCUGGUCCAGUAGAUGCAUCUAUCUGUAUAUAGGGAAGGACAAGUGCUUGUUGCUGGUCCAUUAGAUGCAUCUGUCUGUAUGUAAGGAAGGACAAGUGUUUGUUGCUGGUCCAGUAGAUGCAUCUAUCUGUAUGUGCGGAAGAAAAAGUGCUUGUUGCUGGUCCAGUAGAUGCAUCUAUAUGUAUGUAAGGAAGGACAAGUCCUUGUCGCUGGCCCAGUAGAUGCAUAUAGCUGUAUGUAAGGAAGGCAAGGUGCUUGUUGCUGGUCCAGUAGAUGCAUAUAUCUGUAUGUAAGGAAGGCAAGGUGCUUGUUGCUGGUCCAGUAGAUGCAUCUAUCUGUAUGUAGGGAAGGUAAGGUGCUUGUUGCUGGUCCAGUAGAUGCAUCUAUCUGUAUGUUAGGAAGGGUGACAGGUGUUUAUUGCUGGUCCAGCAGUUGCAUCGAUAUGUACUUAGGGAAAGAUGAUAGGCAAUUGUUGCUGGUUCAGAACGUGCAUUGAUCUGUAUGCAAAGAAGGGUGGAGAGCUUGUUGCUGGUCCAGCAGUUUCUGACAAUCCAUCUAACUACAGAAGUUAGGAGCACGAGGGUGGGAAAGAAUUACGUGGUACUGGUCCAUGUGUUUCUCCUUCAGAGUCAGGACAGUAUGGGUGUAUUGGACAUUUAACUGUCAGGUACCCUUUUUCACAGACCUUACACGGAUAUGUACAUAACUAUGACGUAUUGUGGACUUCAGUGGAUGUGGAUGUUAUUGUUUAGUUAUCUGUAUUCACACAGGAGGUGAUUCCGUUUCUAACAGUGACAUAUACUAUAUAUAUGUAUCAUAACUUUGUUAUAGCGACGUUGAUUGAAUGCUUUAUUAGAACGUCUUCACUUUGGCCAGGCAGACAUUAUUAUAUUUGUGAACAAACCACUUUCAAUUAUUUGCAAACACGACUCUUGUCCUGAUGAUAGUACUAUUCACGCCUCCCUUUCCUACUGCCUCAGACGCUACAUUAUUUCACUUUUGUCCCCGACCUUUUUCCUAACAGCGAGUACUAGCUGUAACUAUCGCCAUAGCAAGCGUUAUCCCACUACCAGAUUGACUAAUCUAAAACUUUUUCCUUAAUUCAAUUAUAUGACUCCCCAAGCCUACCUGUCGUCAUGAUCUACCAUGACUAACGCGACCCGUGGCACAACCCACAUCCUUUUCCUCAUCUAACAACACCCACCCGACCUCACCCCACCCACCCCCAACACCCCAACACCCCAACACCGCCUCCGGCACCCAGCAGUAACCCCGUUGCCUUUCACCAGUAUGAGGCAACCUCCACUCGCCGUUUCGUUACCGGUAUCCACUCCGCACCCCACCUCCACUCCCCGACACAAUAACUAUCCCUUUUCUUCCCAACCACGGCAUAAAUUCCACUGUCCCCACCCCCUUUCUCAGAACCCACCACCACUCGUCUUCGCAUUGCUUCAGUCUGUUAGGAACCUACUGCUUUUGCAAUGCGAGGGAAGCUGACUUUAUCCAAUCCACUCUUGUAUCCCCGCCCCAGACCUCCUCUACAUGGGGUGUUAAGUUUCAAUAUACGGAAGUUUUUUAAACAGAAAACCAUAAUUUCAAACACACAAAUAAACUUUGGAUUUCUGCAAGAAAAUCAAUAGCCUCUUCUUGUAAUGUGCGUUAAACGUCCGAUCAUUCCAAGAGGUCGGUCUAUCUGUUAUGCAGUAUUUGUGAUAUCGAUGUACGGUUUGUCUUUGGUGUCUGUUCAAUGUCACAUGCCGACAGCUCGUUGUAGAAGGCACAAUGCCAAACACUCCCGAAUCAUCUACAAUUCCACUUGCAAAUGAACUGCAAAUCUUUCCUACUGAAUUUCAAUUACAUAUUAGUGUCUAUACCGAUUGAAACUAAACCGGGUCCAGUGUGAGAAAGUUCCUCGUGGUGCUGUUGCCUUCAACAGCAGUAGUUGUUGUCGUAUUACAGGGCUGGUGUCGCAGCUAAUGUCCAUGCUGUAGCCGUGCUCGUGUUGGAAGUGAUCACCCUCCAUAGCUCCUUGCAGAUCUCGUGUGCCCACGCCCAACUUGUAUCUGUAGCUCCAGUUGAAGCUGGUUCAUUGUUGGGUUUGGUAAGCUGUCAGGUUAGAUAUAAGUAAAGCUUGCUCCACUUUCAUAUUUCUACUCCUCUUCCUAACGUCUCGGUAGGAGUCUGUCUGUCCGCCUGUCUGUCGACAUGUACGCUUCUGAUUCUCGUCUGGCUGGCCGAGUGUGUGGCGAGCAGCCACGUCCUUUGUAGAUGUAUAAGGCGCCUUUUUCUUCUUUCUUCUCGGUAGCUCAAUGUAAGAAAACAGCACUCACGUCAUUCACCUUUGACCCUUAUUCAGUGGCACACAGGCAUUUAACCCCCACACAGUGGCACACUAAAACAUAGGGCAUUGACACAAGAUCAAUCUCCCCUACCCCCACUAAACAACUAAACUCCACACAAAAAACCACCCAGCUCCCCCAACACAUACACACACGCACACGCACGCACGCACGUACGUACGUACACACUAACACUAACACACACACAGACACACACACUAACGCACUAACACACAGACACACUAAAACACACACACUAACACCAACACUAACACACUAACACUAACACUAACACGAACACUAACACACUACCAUCUCUGAGCCGUACAUGACUAGACACAAUAACCUCCGACCCGGAAAUGGUCCUAUGCAUUGAACCUUGACCCCUACAAGGUGACACGGGCAGACAUGGCGUCACACCAACAGCUCUCGGCACAGCAGUAUGCAGUGUAAGGAAUGUUCAGAUUAAUGCGUGUUAGCGUCUGGCGAUGUUUGGAUCUGUAUGUCUGUGAUUCGAAGUGGAUGUCUGUUUUGUUUCUGGAAGCUGACAAUAUUUGUGAUGUGUGAUUUAUAUUGAAUAACCCUUCAACAGAGGAUUUGUGCAGGUCUUCUUGUAGACAAGGGUCCAUGCAGUGGAGGAGGAGGCACCUUCAGUUAAAUUAUUUUGCGAAUAUCAGUAUUUGUAAUAAUGUUUACAUUUCGAUUAUCUUCAUGAUUUUUAACGUUAGUAGACAGUUAUAAGAUGAGUCGCCACAAAGCAAAACUAUAUAAGGUAUGAUGCGUGCACUGUAUUUGAUAUCAGUUUUUGAAGCGACCAAUUACCACAAGGCAAAGUUAGACUGCGAUAGAAAUACAGAGAUUAGUAUUUUCCUCCAUCGUAGAUAGCAUUAUUUGUUUCUGCUUUGGGAAAUUAUCAGUAUGUCCUCUCUAUGGAGCAGAUGACCUGGUGUGACCGUAGAAGACCCAAGUGAUGUAUGUUUUUUCCUGGAACAGAUUGGCGACAGAUCAUGGUCGUCUGAUGUGUCUGUGUGUAGAGCCGAUUGUCAGUUGUGUGAAUACACGAACCUAACGUGUGUGUGUGUGUGUGUG